UCACACAACUACUAAACACAAAAUAACACAUAAUCUUUCUUCAUAAGUAUAAUCUCCCUAUUCUUCUUGUGGAAAAAAAAAACAUGGCACUUCCACCAAAUGGGCAUCAUGCCAAGAUGCUCGUUCUCCAAAUUGUUAUGAUUGUUGCUCUUGUACUGAGCUCUACUGCCUAUGGUGCUGGCAACUUCCGCGACGAGUUCGAACCAACGUUUGGUGACCAUAGAGUCCAGAUGUCCGGCCCUGGAACCCGUGACCUCUCACUAUCCUUAGACAAGUUUUCUGGGUCCGGAUUUCGUUCUAAGAAGGAAUAUAAGUAUGGAAGAAUUGAUAUGCAAAUGAAACUCGUUCCUGGUAACGCUGCUGGCACAGUGACUACUCUUUAUUUAUCAUCUGAUCAAAGUACAGGUGUACAUGAUGAGAUUGAUUUUGAGUUCUUAGGGAACGUAAGUGGUCAACCUUACACUGUCCAUACCAAUGUGUUCAGUGAAGGGCAAGGCAAUAGAGAACAACAAUUCCACCUUUGGUUUGAUCCAUCCCUCAACUUCCAUACCUAUUCAAUUGUUUGGAACCCAAGACUCAUCAUGUUCAUGGUAGAUGAAACACCAUUAAGAGUAUUCAGAAACUAUGAGAAUCAUGGAAUAACAUUUUUCCCAAAGAAACAAUACCAAAGAAUUUAUGCAAGUCUUUGGAAUGCCGAUGAUUGGGCUACACAAGGUGGAUUAGUAAAGACAGAUUGGUCUAAAGCACCAUUUGUAGCCAACUAUCGCAACUUCAACAUUGAUACUUCGGCCAAUGGAAGUUGGAAGAACCAUGAUCUUGAUGCAAAUAGUAGGAGAAGAUUGAGGUGGGUUCAAAAGAACUAUAUGAUUUAUAAUUAUUGUAGUGAUUGGAAGAGAUUUUCUCAAGCUUUUCCACCAGAGUGCAAACACUCAAAGUUCAAUUAAGGAGGUUGAUCAAAAAUAAUAUGGCAUGGCUACUUUUUUUCACAUUAUAUUGUAUUAUGAUUUAUCUAUUCAUAUGAAUUUUGAUUAUUUGUAUUAUUAUGUUUUAAUUAUUGAAUGGAAAUAAAUUCAUUUUAUUCA